AUGAUUACCCAGUUGUUCACUGCAUCUGUAAAUGGUCGUUGCGAAGGCAGUCUAAUCGGCCAGGAUUUUAAUCUCCUCUAUGAGAAGGUUGGAAAGGCUAGUCACUUGUCUCAAGCAGGGAGGACAAUCCUUAUCAAGACUGUGGUAGGACUCAUUCCUCCGUAUUACAUGGCAACCUCUAUAACCAAAGAAGACUCUGGACACUAUGACCAGAACAAUGAGGAACUUUUGAAUUUAAACAAAGCUAUGAUAGCUAAGUUGGUUUGGAAACUUCUUGAAGAUCCUGACUGUCCUUGGGCCAGGCUUAUGCAUGCAAAAUAUCUGAAGACUGGUAGCUUUUGGGAUGCUAAAAGACCUGCUAAUUGUUCGUCCACAUGGAGUGCUAUGUUAAAGUGCAGAGACGAUAUGAGAGAUGGCUGUUGUUGGAGGGUUGGAAAUGGUGCUAAUAUUAAUAUCUAG